UUAGGGGCGGCUGGCUUGACUUCUUCUUUACGAGCGGAGGCUGGCUCGACCGCAGAAACUCUUUUUGUGUGUGCUUUUUUUUUUGUAUUGAAACUUUUAUGAUUAUUGUUAAGCGAAUUCUUUUCAUGCCGUAUUUCGACUCAUUCCGCCCCGGGGGACGCACAAUUGAUUGGCCAAAGAAAAACGACUUGGUUUCUGCCGAAGAGUGUCCGCUUCCCCUCCCCUCGAUGAAGCUCUGCGAUGCCCUCUGAUUUUGUCUCCCUCCUCAGCUCGGACCUCGACCUCAAUUCCCCCAAAUCUCUCUACUCUAAAGAGUCUGUAUAUGACCUCCUCCCCAAAGAGCUCCAGCUCCAGCAGUCGUCCACCCAGACCGACCCAACCACCAUGAGCCAGAAGAGCGGGGGAGAGGCGGGGCCUCCUCCGUCGGCAGCCUUGGCUUCAGAUGCCACGUCUUCCACCUCCAGCCCCUCUGCCUCCUCCUCCUCGGCCAUGGGAGCCCCUUGCUCUGGUAUAUCCGCUGGCCCGUCCUCCGACCAUCUCAAGGCCCCCCAGCAUCUUCACCCGGCUGGAGGGGAUGGAGUUGUAGCGUCAGAAGUCAAAGUCAUGGAGGGAGGAGCUGUAUCUGCUCCCAACAGGAGCAACAGCAGAGCAGGCACUGCGCUGGGAGAUCCUGGGUCAGGGAUCUUGCCAGGGCUAGGAGUUCAGCAGCCUCAGAACACCCCAUCAAAGCGCAGGCCCGUACUGAGCAUAUCCCCGCCUCCUGAGGACCUGUUUGAUGACAGUCAGAUGUCCUGCCUAGAAGAGCCCCCCGUAGCCAGCGCACCGGGUCCAGACUCCGAGCAUAGCAGUAGCAUGUGGGCCGAUGAAUCCGUUUCCAACUUCAGUUUGGUCAGCUCCUUCUCCUAUAACGACAACACGGAGGUACCGCGCAAGUCGAGAAAACGAACCCCUCGCCAACGGCCGGGCCCCAAGCCUGCUCCCCCAGAGGACAGCAUGGAUGUGUUUGAUGCUGACAGUGCCAAGGCACCUCACUUUGUCCUGUCCCAGCUUGGCCCGGACAAGACUAGUCCCGUGACCAGCUCUCGUGAGUCUGGGACGGCAGCGAAGGGUGGAUCGCUAUCUACUCAGUUCCCUCAGAGAAGCAACGGGAAGGAGCUAAAGAUGUUGGUGCAGCCCGAGACCCAGCACAGAGCUCGAUAUCUAACUGAGGGCAGCCGCGGUUCCGUCAAAGACCGCACACAGCAGGGAUUUCCUACGAUCAAGUUGGAGGGUGUCAACGAGCCCGUUGUGCUGCAGGUGUUCGUAGCAAAUGAUGCAGGCAGAGUGAAGCCUCACGGUUUCUACCAGGCAUGCCGGGUGACUGGUCGCAACACCACGGCCUGUACGGAAGUGGAAAUUGAGGGCACCACCGUUAUCGAGAUCCCUCUGGAGCCCAGCAAUGACAUGACACUUGCGGUGGACUGUGUAGGAAUUUUGAAGCUUCGCAACGCCGAUGUAGAGGCACGUAUUGGUGUGGCGGGAUCCAAAAAGAAGAGCACCCGGGCUCGGCUGGCCUUUAGAGUCAACAUCCCCCAGACAGACGGAUCUGUCCUCACCUUACAAGUCCCUUCAUCGCCCAUUCUCUGCACCCAGCCAGCGGGAGUACCAGAGAUCCUGAAGAAGAGUCUCCACUGCUGCUCAGUAAGAGGAGGAGAGGAAGUCUUUAUAAUCGGAAAGAACUUCCUCAAAGGAACCAAAGUUAUUUUUCAGGAGAAUAUAGCAGAUGAUAAUUCGUGGCAAGCUGAGGCCAAUAUUGACAUGGACCUUUUCCAUCAGAACCAUUUGAUUGUGACAGUUCCUCCCUUCCACAACCAGUCAAUAACUUCCCCAGCUUCUGUGGGAAUUUUUGUGAUGACCAAUGCUGGUAAAUCACACGAAGCCCAACCUUUCACCUAUACUCCAGAAUCAGCUGAUAAUGCAGAUAUCCAUGCAGUAAAAACCGAGGAAGCUUCCUUCAAGACAUGUAUAUUUGAUCAGAUCCAAUCUGUGUCUUCUGACCAAACUGACUGCUCUGGUCAGUCUGUCAAAAGGCAAGAGGACACACCGAUGGAAGUGUCUAGCAAUCCACAGCCCACAAAUGUGUUCAAGCAAUCCCCUAGCCCGAUUGUCUCAGUGCAGCAGACACUUGAGCUCAGCUCCAGCCCUCAUUCAGGUGGGGAGUCCUUUCAGAGCUCAAUGCCCCUGCAACCUGAGGAUGUGGAGCUACCCCAGGCCCCUCCUGUCUUUCCUAGCCUAGAGUCUCUCAACUCAAUACAAAAGCAAGACAUUGCCCCAACAGCGUCCUUCCCCAUGUCUGGAGAUCCAACAAUCCCCCCGGUGACACCAGAAGUCCCUCAGCAGUUCCUUAGAGACCCUCAGGAAAAUCUGCCCCCUGAAAGUUCGAACAACAGUAAUGCGGUCGUGGUUGUAGCCAUGCCCCAAAUAGCAGCACCCUCACAGCCCCAGCAGUCACAGGUUCCCUUGUUUGCCCAGGAAGGUGUAGCCCAGCUGGAGAGGGCAGUAAGGGAGCUCCAGGCGGGAGGUAACACAGCACUCCAGCAGGUUAUAGAGGCGGCUGUAGCCCAGCAGCAGCAGCAGCAGCAGCAGCAGCAGCAGCAGCAGCAGCUAAAUUCUGUGCUUUACAGCCCAGCUUCCUCUGCAGACUCCCUUCAACAGCAUGUCCAGGAGAACAUGAACAGCCUUAGGUUGGGAGCCACAGAUAAUUCACUGUCACCGCAGCAGCAGCUGCAGAUACAUCAACAACAGCAGCAGCAGCAACAGCAGCAGAUCCAACAAUUUCAACAACAGCAACAAAUGCAACAGCAGCAAAUCCUUGGUAACCUUCAACAGCAACAUCAUCAUCUCCAGCAGCAACAGCAGCAAGUCCUUGGAAACAUGCAGCUACAACAACAACUUAUACUACAGCCACAAGACCAACAGCAACUGCAGCAGCAACAAAUCCUAGAAAACAUUCAACAACAGCAGUUGCAACAGAAUCAACAAGUCAUAAACAACAUCCAGCUUCAGGAUCAACAACAAAAUCAAAUGCUGAGCAAUUUGCAACAGCAUCAGCUACAACAGCAACAGAACCAAGCGUUAAGCAACCUACAGCAACAACAGUUGCAGGAACAGCAAGUUUUGGAGAACCUGCAGCAGCAGCUUCAGGCGGAGUUGCUCCAGCCUCAGAUCCAUUCCAAUCCCCAAGUGCAGCAGCCGGUCUCCCUCCUUCAGCAACCUGGUGAGAUGCUUACCAUCCAAACCAGCUUCCCAACACAGCCCCCAUCCCAUACGUCCCCCCCACAGCAGCUUUUCCAGUCCCCCAGGCCUAUUGCAGAGAGCCAGAGUUCCCAACAGCAGGUUGAUGCCGCCCUGCUCCAGAACACACUGACAGCCCUGACAAGCAGCGGCCUCAACCCAGAGCAACAGUCCACCGGGUCGGCCCUGUACCUCUCGCCGAGCCCUCAGUCUCAACAGCAGCAGCAGUUGACGUUCAUCUCCAGCAUGGAGACGUCCGCCAGCCAGCCCCAGCUGUUUCAUAACCAGCCUCAAGCUCAGCUUUCGCAAAUGCAGCAGCAGAGCACCCCCAUGGAGCAACAGCAAUCACCGCACCAAAAUCAACAACAGUCACCGCAACUUUCCAUUGGCCAACAGAGCUCCUUGUUCCAAAGCAUACCCAACCACUCGCAGCCUAAUCCAGUCCCCCAGAAUCAGCUCUCCCAACAACAGCAGACAGGUCUGCUCCUCUGCACCACAGAUCUGAAUCCCCAGACUAUCCUUUUCAGCACCCAGACCCAAGGCUCUUCCCCAAUGGGCAGCAUCACAGUGGGACUUUCCCAACCAGAAACAGCCGAGCCAAUGUCCUUCCAGGAUCAGAGCUCCUUGGGUAACAACUCGACAGCCACUCAGAACCAACAGCAGAGCAUUUUCCAGGAACAGCAGCCCAUGCAAGUGGGCACAAGUUCUUCGAGUGUCCCUGACAGUCAACCUGUGGAGCUGUUCCUGCCCCAGGCGUCCCUGUCCAGCCUCCAGAGUACUCUCGGCUCACAGGAGCUAAGCAGUCAGACGGCAGCCCCUGGUACGACCAUCUUUGUGGUCCAGGGGGCUGUGGGAGUGGUGGACAGCCCUGGCCAGCAGCCCCCAGAGCAGCUUUUCCAGACAAAUGACGGUGAAAAUGUGACCCAACGAGGACCGGCCAACCUGUUCGUGUUUGGCAUCCAGAAUGACACUCCGCGGCUGCUCAACUCUUCCGGCACAACCCUUCCGGUUCAGAACCAGGCCCAGAACCCGGGUCACAUGCAGCCCCUCAUGGAGCAGCCCAUGACCCAAGCGGCGUCCUCCAUGCACGGCAGCCUACAGAGCAGCCUGCAGGCACAGAUACAGUCCAGCAUGGAGAGUGCCAUGCACACUAGCCUUCAGAAUGCCCUGCAGGCCAACAGCCAGGUGACCCUGCAGCCCACUUUACAGGCCACCAUUGACACAAGCCUCCCGACUCCCAUGCAGACCAAUCUCCAGAUACGGAGCAGCUUACAGAAUACAUUGCAGGGCUCCAUAUCGGCAGCGUCCGACAUGGGCAAAAUUGAGGACCUACUUGAAAGUCUACAGAAGCAGUGACGUGCGUUUGUGUGGACCACAUGGAGAGAAGGUAGUCAGUCCUAUGCGCCGAAAGUCGGCAAGGCUUGCCGGUACCGGCGUGGUGUUUUGUGCCAAUGCCCCAAAAUUUUAAAAUAAGUAUAUUUAAGAAGUAAAUAUCCCCUCCCCUUUUACCUUUAAAAAAAAAAAAAAAACAAACAAAAAAAAAAAAAAUGACGAUCUUAUGUAACUCACUUUUAUUAACUAUUUAUCAUAAAUUAUAGCCUUUGUAUAUCCAUUGUCCUUGAAUUGAUGCUCUGCCUUUUGUUAUUACCCCUCUUGCAGGAUCAGAGAGGCCUGUAAUAACUGCUUUAGUAAAAAUGCAGUGUUUAGUUUUCAAAAGUGUUUUAAUAUUGCGGGCCUACGUGGGGGGGGGGCAAACCCACCUGGUUUUUGGAUGGAAAAACUGGAAGGAAGAAUGUCACAACUGCGGAACUUCAUGAGCGGUGAGCAGGCAAAAGUUGCUAUAAGUUAGCCAUGGAUUAAAACAUCCGAUAGUAAACAAAAGUUGGGCGGAAUCUCAUUUUCGGUGUGUGUGUGUGAGAGUGUGGGGGUGGGGGUUGGAGAAGCUCUCAAUUUUGAGGUGAGGUGAUGCUUAAGGAGCGUCUCGUUUGCUUUUUCUAAUCACUCAAGUCUCCUCUAACAGGAAAUGCUCUUAUGUACAUUUGAAGGGAAGGCACUUUGAAGAUGUUAUUGCAGUGAACGCCCGUUUAUCGGUCCAGAGCCAUUCGUGAAAAUCCACAAUCUAGAGAAACCGUAUUGAAAAAUAAUAGAACACCCUUAUUAAAACACUCACUCUUUUGCCGUCAACAAAUGGGAGACUAUCGGAUAACAUCACUAUGAGGAAACAAAAAGACUCACUCAGUUCUCCAAAUCAAACUUGCUUCAAGCUCUUUGUUUGCCACUCGCAGUUGAAGUUGACUGUAAAAGUGACACAUUUAACCAAAAUGUUCAACCAAACCAUAGAAUUUCAUUUAACGAGAAUCUGUUAGCUUAAUGCUAACAUUCAGCAGGGCAUGGACUGGCUAAAGGAAAUUAGAAUGGAUGUUAAGAUCAUUAUAAAGCUUCAAACAACUGCCAUUUUAAAACACUUGAAGCAGUAACACAUACAGAGCAUACAACAAGAGAAUUAAACACCAAACCACAUCAUUUUGUCUUAACAAAUGUCCGCUGUCUUAAUGCUAACGUAAUACGAAACACCAUAGACCGGCUGAAGGAAAUUUGCAGAGAUGGUACAAAAAUGAUAAAGCUUCAAACAACUGCUACAUUAAUGCACACCGAGCAGGAACACGUACAAACGGAGCAUACAAUAAUCCUCGGCUUUAUUACGAUGUGGUACUACACGAAAGGCACUCAACUCUAAAUUCUGACUUCCCCCAAUACUGUAAAAACAUAACGUUUGCAGGAAUUGCCAUUUGGCGGGCUUCACUGUAAUAGUCCAGUGUUACGAAGCACAUUAGUUUUCAUUGUUCCAAGUUCAACACUCCUGAAUGAGAUAGAACCCGGUUGCAUACUGUGACUUUUCUCGAUGUUUCCGUGCGUGCAGGCCUCCAAACGACGAAUGAAGUUUUAACUUUUUUUUGUUUUUGUUGUCUUUUUGACUCGAUGUGGAUAUAAACUUUACACUUGUGAGUGUUGUGUGGUUUUAUAGACAUUUUAUCUCAAGCACUUUAUAACCUCUUCUGUGUAACCAGCUAAUCCUUACAUCCAUCCAUCCAUCCAUCCAUCCAUCCACAUGCGGAAACAUAAACAUCCAUCACGGCAUAAAAAUGGAGGGGGGGGGGGUAUGUUUUUGUAGGAUUAAAAACAUAGCAGAGCAUCUUCUCAGUAGUUUUGACCUCCAGACCAACUUAGUAUUGAAAGAUUCAAAAGUGAAUCCCAAAUUGUACUGUAUGAGGGAGUAUGAGGGCCACACUGUAAAGAAAACAAUUUUAGAAUUAAGUUGCAAUUUUACGAGAAUAAAAUCUCAAUAUUAACCCCCCAAAAAGUCUGAAUGUUUUGAAAAGCAAGUUUUAGUAUUACACGAAUAGUCAUAAAAUUGCAAGAAGAAAUCCUUAUGUAACGCCUUUUAGUAUUGGCGAAAAUAGGACUAUAUAUAGGACUUUAUUCUCGCACAAUUCUAAAUGAAUCUAGCAAUAUUCAACCUUUAACCUGUAACAGUCAUUCUUAAAAAAUAAAAAUAAAAAAUACGAUUCUUGGAAAAAUACUUUUUCUACCCAAGUGUAGAUAUUAAAAAAAAAAAGUAAUCUUAUUCUGUUAACAUCACACCUUUUUUCUCACAAAUUACAUCUUUUUAUCUACAGAUAAUACCUUCCUAAAGCCCCCCUCCAAAAAAAAACCCAAUUUAUUGGAGUAACAAUAGAACAACAACAAACAUUCUCACAUUACCUGUUUCUUGUAAAAUUACUUUUUCCUCAAAAUUUACCCUAAAAGGAUAUCUAAAUGUGUUGCAGUAACAGUGAUUUGAUUGAAGAAAAACAAAAAAGAAUUCACAUUUUUUUCCCCCCUUGAAAAAUACCUAUACUGAAAAUCUGUGCAUAUAAAAAAAAAGUUCGAAAUUGAAUCUGGUAACAUUACAACUUCUUUUCUUUUUCUCCCAAAAAUCCCCUUAAAAAGAUCCAAUUUCCUCAUCGUAACAAUACAGAAUUUUUGUAAAAUGACAAUAUAAUUCAGUAUUACAUACAGCAAAUUCUGCUUUAUUCUGGUAACAUGACUUUAUCCUUGUAAAAUUACAAGAUCACUCUCACUAUUGUCUUUAUUAUUGGAAAAAUGACGUAUUUCACUGAAAAGAAUCCAACUUGAUCGUAGUUACAGCACAAUUUUAUUCUCAUUAAAUGACAAAAAUCUCAGAAUAUAACUGGUAAUAUUAUGACUUUAAUCUUGUAAAAUAAACUUUUUGUUUUUCCUCACAAUAUUUUACUUUAUUUUCCUCAAAAUCUCAAGAAAAACAAAUCCAGCUUUACCAUAGUAACAGACAGAUUUUAUUCUCGUCAAAUGAUCAAUAUUUUUCUCAAAAUGUCAAACUUUUAUUAUCAAACAUUGUACAUUUUUUAAAAUCCUCUUCUCCCCGUGUGGCCCUAAUACUGCUCCGUUGUCCAGCCCGGCAUGUACAUAUAUAUAUAUAUAUUGGCCAUUACUGCGCAGUUGUUGUCCUUUUAAUAUUUUUUUUUCACAGUUGUGAAUAGGCUGUUUACUAUUGUUUUUUGUUUUUAUUUGUACACAUGCGUAACACUUUAAUGAAAUGAAGAAUUAUCAUCGUUACUCUUUUUGUUCAUACUAUUUGACCUUGUGUUUGUCCUCGCUCUAAAGAGUAGGCGGGUACCAUGUAACGUUGGCACCUUCCUGACUUUUGUGAACAGUAACUGCGGAGACUGAGGCGUCCAUUUUGGUUCUGUGGCGCAAUGUUCGGGCACUAUAACAAUCAGUAAUAAUAUUUAUUGCCAUCUGGUUGUUGCUUUGAAGUAGUGGUCAAACCAAAGCUCCUGUCGUGAAAUUGUCUCGUAUUGUUUAAAAAAAAAAAACGCCCCUGUCCUUGUGUUUACUCAUUUCUACUUGCAGCUCUUACAUGUACAGUCCGGAGAAAGGUACUUUUAAGAACAUUUACGCCAAUUUGAUCAUUAACAAAAGAAAUCUCAACAUCACACUGCUGUACGUACUUAAGCAUAUCUCCAACAAGAAAAACAACAGUGUCUCGCUCAUUUGUUUACAUUUUUCAUCUUUACUCUAGUCCCAUCGCUGUUUGUGAUCCGUUUUAAAAUAAAUUAUCUUUUUUAAACUUUUGUAUCCAUGUAUCAAAGUGUAAAGUAUUUUUGUAACUUCAAAAACAAACAAACAAAAGGUGUUGUUUGAUUCUCCCAGUGCAGAAUAGUAUCCGUGCUGGUAUGUCGCCCGAAAGCUAGCGCAGGUGUGUUUUUGCUCAAAACAAGUCCAGAUAAGCAGUUUUUUUCCCCGCCUGAUCUUGUAUACAAGGGGGUCCUCGGUUUAUGAUGAACUUAUGGUCAUACGGCGGUGACCUAACAGGAACUUGUACCUAAUAUGUCAUUUAUCACUAACCUACAGUAAUCAAUUCAUAAUUACGGGAAAACAUUUUUAAAUGAAAAAAGACAACUUUUCAACUAUCGUAACAUUGUUUCUCUGACUUCUCCAGUCUCCUCAACUGGUUCCAACUUUUAGAACGUAAAACCUUGUUUUCCAGAUGUUCUACUUACUACAGGGGGUCUUCGAUUUCCGAUGUCGUUCCGUUCCUACUGUGGCAACGUAACUGACCAAUUUGUACAUACAUUGGAUAGCGCAAACACAGUUGUAAAGUCAGAUUAAAUAUUUCUAUGAAAAACACUUGUAGGCCAUAAAUAUAAAUCAACUGUUAAUGGAGGAUGACUCGUAUUUUUGAGGACCGUAUUCUUGUCAAAUUACAGCUUGAAUUCAUAUUUUUUGAAGUAAAUGGUAUAGUCUUGUUGAAGUACAAUACAGCGGAAGCCCGCUAUUCGUGGGGGACAGUGACGGAGCUUGUUCGUGAAUAGAAAAAAUGUGUGAGUUAAUUGCCAUGAAAAAUGUAAUGUUUAGAAAAAACUGAAUACAGAAAGAAGCGACAAGCAGAGCUUUCCACGAAUAGGUACAUUUGCGAAUGCCGAAGCGCAACUAUGCGGGUGUCCGAGCUAUACAGGUGCAUCUCAAUAAAUUUGAAUACAGUACGAGAGUUCAUUGUAUUUCAGCAUUGCGGUUCCAAAAGUGAAACUCAUAAAUUAUACAGAUGAAUUCAACACAAGAAAUGAUUUUUCAAAAGGCCAAUUCCAACCUAAUUUGCAUAUUAAAACCUUUUUGACUGUUUCUUAGUUAACAUUCUAAUUUCUUUUUUUCAUUAGCUGUAAGCUAAAAUGAUCAAAAUCAUAGUAGUUUACCGUGUAGUGAAUCUGUAUUUUUGAAUUGAACUCCAGAAAUAAGUUUUCUGAUUUAUUGAGAUGCACCUGUACACUGACUUUCUCGUGUAAAUUUUGACUUAGUACCUAUGCUAACUUACUAAAGUCAUGAUUACAGUAAAUAAUUGUAUUAAAACACUUAUUGGCCAACAAUAUAUAACAAAUGAAAACUUGUAAGGUGGCAACUGAGCAUUUCUUGUGCAGUGUGCCGUUGGUAACCUGGAAAUGUACGUCGUAAACCUGGGACCCCGUCUAAUAACCCAAUGCCGCAUGUGCUAUGUGGUCUGAUGGCGCCCCCCCCCCCCCAUCCUCCAUCCUCGGUCAUGCAUCUCAAAAGUGGCACUUUUUAUUUUGGAACUCAUCUAGAAACUGUAGGCCAGGUUAGCGCGCACUUGUCAGUGGUGCUUCCAAGCAUUCCAUUCCUCUUGACUAUAGGGGGAGCUAAAGAGCACAUUUGAGUUGAGUAUGCCUCUUAAAGCCAUACUAGAAGAAGGCGGCAAAUGGGCUUCGGUUUCAUGAAUGUAAUUGUUUUACCUCAUGCUGUGCGCACAUCAGAGCAAUUUGCAGAGAACGUUUUGCGGCUAACGUCUACGUCCGUUUUUUUAAUAAUUUUUUUUGUAUUUUUUAAACUUCAUUUUCGGUCCUGAAAAAGAAGCCUCUCAACUGCAGCGUGGGGGGAAAUGAAAGCACACAAACCUUUGACACACGCUUGUCCUUCACCUGUGCAAAUGAAUAACCGUGUAUAUUUAAAAGUGAAUGAGAAUGCAGGGGUAUGUUAAAUUUCAAUGGUGGCGCUUUCAACAGAACUUUGUGUGCCUUGACAAAAAAAAAAUAAUCUCUGCUGUUUACUGUCCUUUCCCCCCUUAUCUCCUGCAAUUUUUUUUUUUUUUUUAAAUACAGCCCACACUGGUUAUCUUUUAGUGCUAAUAUUUUUUUAAACAACCAUUGCAUGAUAUUCUACCUGUUUUUGGAUGCCUCAUGAGAUUGAAUUGAGGUUUAAAAAAAGGGACAAAAUAAUGGUGAUUGUUUCCUUACAAGAGUGAUUUUGUGUUGUGCUUCUCCGCAUUUGCUCUAUUGUUGCUGUGAAACGCAUAAAAAAAAAAAAAAAGUCACUGUUCAUUGGGAAUAGCGUGAGCCGUAUGUCAUGUUGUACUCAAAAGGAGUUUGCCCUCAGUUUGCUUUCUCACACUCUUCCACUGUCGCGCGCGUUUGUUUGCGUGUAGUAUAUAUUUAGACCUUUAGGGAUAAUGGUCAAGCCCCCACCCUCCUGUGUGUUAUCAUUCGUCUGAAUUAUUCUAAUUAUGUACUUUGCCUUGGUCUGGACAUUUGUAUACUCUUCAGUUUGUAUCUGUAAUCCUGCUGCUACAUUAAAUUAAUAAAAAUGAAUAAGUCUGGGCUGCUA